AUGGCUUUACUCAAUACUUCCGUGCUCGCGAUCCUGGCCACAUUCGCCCUCUUCGCUAUCCAAUUCACAACUCUGCGCAUCCUGUCCCUGGCUCCUCACCGACGCGCCCCACCAACACCUCGCAAACACGGCACACCUGCCCACCUUCUGAUAGUCCUCGGCAGCGGCGGCCAUACGGCAGAAAUGAUUUCGAUGCUCCGCCGUAGCGCAACCUGCCCCAAAUUUACUCGCCGCACCUGGCUGAUCUCGUCCGGCGAUAACUUCUCCGCAUCCUUUGCCAAGGAGUUCGAGCAAGAGAUGGGUGACAAGAAAGGCACGUACAGGAUUGUGCAAGUCAGGAGAGCAAGAAAGAUACACCAGAGUUUGAUCUCUGCGCCUUGGAGCUGUCUCUUGUGUUUGUGGGAUUGUUUCAAGGUCCUAACGCCUUCUUCUGACAAGCAAUAUGGAUAUCCGGAUCUGAUCCUUACCAAUGGUCCUGCUACUGCCACAAUUCUGGUCUUUGCCUCAGUUUUAUUGCGAUUCUUCGGCUUGCAAGGCAGUUACGGCACAGGAGAGAUGCGCACCAUCUAUGUUGAGAGCUGGGCGAGGGUCAAGAAGCUCAGUUUGAGUGGAAGAUUGCUAUGCUGGGUGGUUGAUCGCGUUCUGGUGCAAUGGGAACAGCUACAAGGUGCUGGAGUAGGAGGACGAGCUGAAUUUAAAGGUGUCUUGGUCUGA